CAAUAUCUACGUUUGUCCGUCAGGAGAAGUUGCUGCGCUCGCAAAAUCUGCUGUGGCCUUCGACCCCUCCGCUUCAGAUCUGCCGGCAAUGGCGGAGUCGCCGGAGCAGUUCAGGGGCCAGUCCCGCCUCCCCCGCUUCGCCGAGCCCCUCCGCUACGACCUCGUCCUCCGCCCCGACCUCGCCGCCUGCACCUUCUCCGGCUCCGCGUCCGCCGCCGUCGCCGUGUCCUCGCCCACCCGCUUCCUCGUCCUCAACGCCGCCGAGCUCGCCGUCGACCGCUCCUCCAUCCGCUUCCAGGACUGGGCGCCGACGGAGGUGGCCCAGUUCGAGGAGGAUGAGAUCCUGGUCCUCGGGUUCGACCGGGAGCUGCCCCUCGGCGAGGGCGUGCUCGCCAUGGAUUUCACCGGCACCCUCAACGACCAGAUGAGGGGCUUCUACAGGAGCAAGUAUGAGUACAAUGGGGAGGCAAGAAACAUGGCGGUUACACAGUUUGAAGCUGCUGAUGCACGGCGGUGCUUUCCAUGCUGGGAUGAGCCUGCAUUUAAGGCCAAGUUCAAGAUAACAUUGGAGGUUCCAGCUGAACUGGUAGCAUUGUCCAACAUGCCAGUAGUUAAGGAGACAGUCUGCGGGCCUCUGAAGACUGUCUAUUAUGAGGAAUCUCCACUUAUGUCAACAUAUCUAGUCGCAAUAGUUGUUGGUUUGUUUGAUUACAUAGAGAGCUCAACGUUAGAAGGCACCAAAGUUCGUGUGUAUACCCAAGUUGGCAAGACUAGUCAAGGAAAGUUCGCAUUAGAUGUUGGGGUGAAGUCACUGGAUCUAUUCAAGGAUUACUUCGCCACUCCUUACCCACUACCUAAGUUGGAUAUGAUUGCUAUCCCUGAUUUUGCUGCUGGAGCUAUGGAGAACUAUGGGUUGGUCACUUACCGAGAAUCAGCUUUGCUUUAUGAUGAGCAAUUAUCGUCAGCAUCCAACAAACAACAGGUAGCAAUCACCGUCGCACAUGAAUUGGCUCACCAAUGGUUUGGCAAUCUUGUAACCAUGGAAUGGUGGACUCACUUGUGGCUAAACGAGGGUUUUGCUUCAUGGGUGAGUUAUUUAGCUGUAGAAUCCAUUUUUCCUGAAUGGAAUAACUGGACACAAUUCCUUGAUGAGACGACCUCUGGCCUCAGACUGGAUGCACUCGCAGAGUCUCAUCCUAUUGAGGUUGAUGUAAACCAUGCCAGUGAAAUCGAUGCGAUUUUUGAUUCCAUAAGCUACGACAAGGGAGCUUCUGUCAUUCGCAUGCUACAAAGCUACCUUGGUGCAGAGCGGUUUCAGAAAGCUUUGGCUUCAUACAUAAAGAAGUACGCAUACUCAAACGCUAAAACCGAAGACCUAUGGGCUGUUCUUGAGGAGGAAACUGGGGAGCCUGUCAAGGAUCUGAUGACUACAUGGACUAAGCAACAAGGAUAUCCUGUUAUAUACGCAAAACUAAAUGGGCAAGAUUUGGAACUUGAGCAGGCUCAAUUUCUGUCAGAUGGAUCAUCUGGUCCUGGCAUGUGGAUCGUUCCUAUGACAGCAUGCUGUGGCUCGUACGAUCUGAAUAAGAAGUUUCUGUUGAAAGGCAAGACCGAUACGAUGCAUAUAAAAGAUUUUGCAGCCUCCCAAAGUGGCCAGAAUUUUUGGAUCAAACUGAACAUUGAUCAAAAUGGAUUUUAUAGAGUGAAGUAUGAUGAUGAACUUGCAGCCGGACUUGAAAAUGCAAUAAAAGCCAAGAAACUCUCUUUAAUGGAUAUGAUUGGUAUUGUGGAAGAUUCUUAUGCCCUUUCUGUUGCUUGCAAACAAACACUGACAUCAUUGCUUCGUUUGCUAAAUGCUUAUCGUCAUGAGUCUGAUUACACUGUACUUUCACAUGUAACCUCUGUAUGUUUAAGCGUUAAUAAAAUAUCAACUGAUGCUAAUCCUGACUUGUCUAGCGAUAUCAAACAACUUUUGAUCAAGCUUCUUCUGUUAGCUGCCAAAAGAGUAGGCUGGGAUCCUAAGGAUGGUGAGAGCCAUCUUGAUGUAAUGCUUAGGUCACUGCUCUUGAUUGCCCUUGUCAAGCUCGGACAUGACGAGACUAUAAAGGAGGGAAUUCGGCGUUUCCAUAUCUUCUUAGAAGACCGAAAAACUCCCCUUCUACCUCCAGACAAUAGAAAGGCAGCAUACCUUGCUGUGAUGCGGACCGUGAGUACCUCAAACAGGACCGGUUAUGAUGUUCUCCUGAAAAUCUACAAGGAAACGUCAGAAGCACAGGAGAAGUCUCGUAUCUUAGGCUCGUUGUCUUCAUGCCCAGACAAGGAUAUUGUUGUUCAGGCAUUGAACCUUAUGCUUACAGACGAGGUACGGAAUCAAGAUGCAUUUUAUGUUCUUGGUGGUAUUAGCUUAGAAGGACGAGAAGCUGCAUGGGCCUGGCUGAAGGAUAACUGGGAUCACGUUGUUAAGACUUGGCCAUCAAGCUCACUCAUAUCGGACUUCGUUAAUUCUACCGUUUCACCGUUCACCUCUGAGGAGAAAGCUGCUGAGGUUUCCGAGUUCUUUGCCACUCGCGUGAAACCGUCAUUCGAAAGAGCGUUGAAGCAGAGCCUCGAGAGGGUGCGGAUCAGUGCUAGAUGGAUCGACAGCAUCAAGAGUGAGCCCAGCCUUGCGCAAACGGUGCAGCAGCUGCUGCUGCAGGAGUUUUAAGCCGCUCCUUUGUACGAAGAAGAGAUUAUGUGCCAUGACUGCAUAAUAAUGUUUUGGAAAGGCUAUAUUCUAAUGAGUAACAACAUUAAUUUUC